CAGCGUGGACCGACACAGCAGCUACCUCACUCUUCAGCUCGAUCUUAACAGUUCUAGCUGUAGUAGAGUGUGGACUUGAUCAUUUGCCGUCCUUGAAUUGAUUAGCUCCAGCCUCCAGCUGCUAAGUGCUAAGACGACAGUCAUGGCUGUCAGCAUUAAGCUCUGCUUGGCAGUCUCGUGCGCCCUGGUUUUGGCCACGGCGUGCCACGGCCUCCAGGUGGGCUACUACAGGACGACAUGCCCCAGGGCCGAGGCCCUCGUGAGGGCCGAGGUGAAGAAGGCCGUGCGCGCCAACCCCGGCGCCGGCGCCGGCCUCAUCCGCAUGCUCUUCCACGACUGCUUCGUCGAGGGCUGUGACGCGUCCGUCCUCCUCGACCCAACGCAGACGAACCCGCAGCCGGAGAAGCUGGGGGCGCCCAACAACCCCAGCCUGCGGGGGUUCGAGGUGAUCGACGCGGCCAAGGCCGCCGUCGAGAAGGCCUGCCCCGGCACGGUCUCCUGCGCCGACAUCGUCGCCUUUGCCGGGCGCGACGCGUCCUACCUCCUCAGCCACGCCAAGGUCAGCUUCCACAUGCCGGCGGGCCGCCUGGAUGGGCGCAAGUCCCUCGCCAGCGAGACCCUCACCUUCCUCCCCGGCCCCUCCUCCAACCUCUCCAGCCUCGUCUCCGCCUUUGCCGCCAAGGGGCUCAGCGUCGAGGACGUGGUGGUCCUCUCCGGCGCGCACUCCAUUGGCCGCUCCCACUGCUCGUCCUUCGUCCAGACCCGCCUGACCUCGCCGUCCGACAUCGCCACGCCGCUGGCGACGCUGCUGAGGAAGCAGUGCCCGGCCAACCCGACCACCGGCAACGACCCGACGGUGUCCGAGGACGUGGUCUCCCCGCACGCGCUGGACAACCAGUACUACAAGAACGUGCUGGCGCGCAAGGUGCUGUUCACGUCGGACGCCGCGCUGCUGUCGGCGCCCAAUACCGCGAGGAUGGUGCGCGCCAACGCGAGGUUCGCCGGCUCCUGGGAGAAGAAGUUCGCCAAGGCGAUGGUGAGGAUGGCGGCCAUUGGCGUGAAGACCGGUCGCGACGGCGAGAUCAGGAGGAGCUGCAGGCUCGUCAACUAGCUUGCAAGGGAAGCUACUUUCGCGGUCUGUUUUUGCUACUGCUUUUGAAGAAAUUGUUAUCGAAUGUCGUCUUGGGUUGUUGGCUCAGCUCGCCCCCACAUGUAGCUGGUGGGCAUAUAUGUACUUUUGGUUUCUUUGCUUUCUCCGCGGCGGCCGUGUUGUAUUUGUUGAUUUAUUUUGCCGUGAUGUUUGUAUGAGGCCUCUGCUGCUCUUUUCUAAAGCAAUGUAGCAAAUUAUCUUUGCCGUUCA